AUGGCGAAGGGCCCUCGUGCGAAUGCGAAAUGGAAUCUGGAGCCGAAUGAUAUCAAGGCCCGUGCAGAGGGCAUUCUGCAAGGGAUGCGAGACACCUUCUGGCAGGACGUUCGAAAAGGCUGCUUUCAGGUCGUGCGGGGCGAGGUGUCGGUCCAGUCUCUCGUCAAGGAGCACGGCCAGAUCGCAGCGAAGAUCUUCAACAAGCAGGAGCAGGUUGAGGUGGUGGAAGCCUUGAGAAUCCUGCAAGCUGAUGCCGUUCGCAGGAGCUUGAGUCAGGACCGGCGGAGGGCGGCAGAGAAGCUGUUCGCUCGUUUCGUCCGGUCUCUCGCAGAGAGCAUCGACGACACUGUCGGCAAACCGCUCUGGACGGCCACUCGAGUGGAUGCCUUGGACCAGCUAAGGACGGCCCGAGGGUAUCGCAGAUCGUCGCACGGCUGCCAGGAAGCCAUUUUGGAUGCGGGUGGACAGGCAGGCCCAUCGAUCGCUGCGGCUCUCGUGGCUCAGAGCCAUUUCGCCUCGGGCUCGGGGGCGGCCGAGACGAAACGAAACAGGGAACGACCCUCGAAGUUCCUUGAAGCCGAGCGUUUGUCCUACGUCGCUGCUGGUCGCUCGGUUUUGGCACAGGCUCCCGUUCUCAGCGUCGUCGCUGAUGCUGUUCACGUGGGACAGGAGGACUGGCUGAACGUUUUCCUCUGCGACACAAGCGAGGACGUGAAGAAAGGGACGGCCAUCACGUCGGACGACUGGACGGACAUGUGGCAGGGCCGCAUCACGAAGUUCUUCAAGAAGGCCGGCUCCAAAGGUCGCUCGGCAGCGAAGACCACAGGCGGCUACAAGGAGCCGGAGAGGCUGGCCACUCAGGAGUGGCUCCGAGACAUGUCCCACAGCCUCGCGGUCGUUGGCUGGGGCUUUUCGUCCUUCCGACGGACGAGCGAGGCAGGCCGGCCGAGGGUCUUGAUCCUCUGCACGGAUCAGGAGGCCAUUCAGUUGGCGGCCGUGAACUACUUGAAGUUCGGCCGUUCGCUGUUCGUGGAGCACGUCAACGACCCGGCUCACCGUUCCCACAACGACGUGAACCUCGCGAUGGCGGCGGCCGGUCUGCUGACGUUCGGCCUCGUGUCCAUCGGCCUCUACAACGUUCGCUACGGCCCAUGGAACAAGGGCACGUGGUUCGGCAAGGUCCAGACGAUGGCGGACGAGAUGAGUCGUUCGAUGAGCCCUUCGGAUCCGUUGCUGCUGACUUUCUUUCCGGACAUUCUGGAGGACCAAGGCCGUUCGCAAGAGGACAACAACGAGGCCGAGCGACGUGCUUUUCUGGAGAGCCUGCCAAACAGGUCGUUCGUGAGAAGCAAGGGCAGCAAGGCCUCGCAGUCUCGCUUCAACAGUCUCUCGCAGGCCCAUGCGGAGCUCGACGGCGACUGGUCGGCCUUUUGCCUCGUGCUGGUCGCUCUCUGCGUGGCCGAGGGCUGGUGCACGACGGCGUCCCAGUUGUGGUCGCCCUCCGCUGGCAUGGCCGAGACGACGACGGCCGCCACGACCAGGGCAGCCGCCAAGUCGGCCGCUCGCAAGGCUCUGCAGCAGCAGAGGGGUCGUUCGGUGAACGUCUUGCACGGGAUGACGAUGUUCGCCUGCAACCAAGACAAUCGGUCGCUGGCCAGGUCCGUGUUUUUCGUGCUUCAACCGGAGAACGUUCGGUGCAGCACGAUGCUCGCAGACCUUCGGGCGGCCGAGGCCACCGUGAGCCAGUAUGCCAACUGGGCUCACUGGCAGUACAUGGAGGUCGCUCGCGAGCAUGUCGCCAAGCUGUCCAACCUGGCCGCUCUGAAGCGGAUCGGCCUUGACAUGUCCUUCGAGCUGCCAAAGGAGGAGGUUCGAGAGGACUCGCUGGCGUGGCAGGAUGCAGUCGCUCACAGAGUCGUUCGCCUGACACACCGUCUCUUGCGAUAUCGUUGCGGCAGCCAGCUAGGGUCCACGAACGGCUGGGGAGCAUCGGCCGGCUUGCUGCACGAGUCUGCCGCCCUUCGACAGUCCAGCCUUCGCUUUCUGGAAGAGGUGGAUCGCACGGUCAAGCGUGUGCAGGCCGAGGGGUCGUUGGAAGCGAAGCUCCUCUUGGACGGCCACUCUGCCACGGCGCCCGUGAUGGCCAUGUUGCUGUCCGAGUUGCGGGAGGCGUCGUUCGUGGAGGUUCCGCCGGGGACGUUCGAGUGGCUUCGCCGUUCGUGGAGCGGCCUGCUGAACUCGAAGCUCGUGGAGGACGCCAACAAGGUCCAACGUGAGGCCGAGCAGCGGAAUGGCACUUCGAAGACGUUGGGUCGUUUGGAGGGCUGGCACGGUCUCUCGAGAAAGAAGCUCCUGGAGCAGUAUCACAGGAGAGAGGUGCCGAGUGGCCGGAUGGCGACCGUGCCCGAGGCCGACCCGUGGUUCGUGCGGCCUCAGCGGCUCCGCACGGACCCGGGCAGUUCGUCGGCCGCCGUUCGCGACCUUCUGAAGGGCGUUAGCCAAGCGAGGACGUGGGCCUCUCCCACACCUGAGUCGGAACAGGACAAGCUGGCUGGGUUCUCGCUGCUCACCAAGGUCGUUCGGCAGAACAUGGACUGGUCCUUCGUGGAGAAGGGAUGGUGGGCAGCCUUGGCUCCCGAGGGACAUGCCUUGCAGUUUCCGACUGGACCACCGUUGUACGUGGUUCGCAGCUACAAGCGAGCGGCUCUCGUCUGGCCCGGCAAGUUGCAGACUUCCCCUGCCGGAGACAUCGUCGGCCUGGACCUGGAGAACCCACAGGUCGGAUGGGUGCACCUUUUCGACGAGGCCGUGGACGUUCUGGACUUGGCUGCGACCUCGCCACAACGUGGCCUGGCCCGCAAAUCUCUGGUUCCGUAG